AGGGAAGAAAUAGAAAAUAGAGGGAGGAUGGAAAGAGAAUUGGAAGAGAGAAGAGAACGCGAAACAAGAAUAAGACAUGACAGUAUUGUAGAAGAGAGCCUUCCCCUUCAGGAGACUCCACUAUGGCAGUGUGAACAUUACCAGUGGAGAUGCAGCGUCAAGUUUCCAUGUUGCGGAGUGUUUCAUCCGUGCCACCGCUGUCACAAUUUAUCGGGGACAUGCCCUGCUGAUGAGAAGGCACAUCAUGCGACGCAUGUCAAGUGCGGAAAUUGCGGACUCGAAGAAGAGAUAAAUGAAGGAAGUCAAAAUUGCAGACGUUGUGGCUUAAAACUGUCAGAAUAUUUCUGCCCAAAGUGUAAGCAUUUUACAGGAGUUGACAAGAACCCUUUUCACUGCGAGAAGUGCGAAAUCUGCCGCAUUUACAAGGACAGAUCCUUUCACUGUGAUGUGUGCAAUGUUUGCCUGGACAAGCGACUAAAAGGAAAACACAAAUGUCGGCCAAAUUCAGGACAUGACGAGUGUUGCAUUUGCUUGGAGGACGCGUUCAGCGGUUGUCAGAUCCUGCCAUGCUCUCAUAAGGUUCACAGGGAGUGUGCCAUUGCAAUGAUACAGAAUGGCGUACGUAAUUGCCCAAUAUGCUGCCACCCUCUGUACGGUCAGCUCCGGCAGUAACUUCUUUGACUCUAGAAACAGAGUGAUCCUUGCCAAGAUGGCGAAGUUAAACUAGAAUUCUUCACUAGGAAGUGCAGGUUUAAAUACUGCACCAAGAAAUGUGCGCUAAUAACUGAUACCAAUGAGUUAAAGAAAAUGAGAAAAACGCGUUUAAUUAAUUAUUUUAUACUCAAUUUGAGAUCAGUGCUAUCAGGAAAAUGAGCGCAAUAUUCAUACCAAGCUGCACAUACCGUCAAGAUAAGAAAAAAAAAAAA